GUUUGUUGCAAGAAUUGUCUAUACCUGCUAAAGGAGAACCUGAAGAAGAAAAUGAUAGUGAAGAGGGUGGGGGAUCUAUUUCACAAAAUUUGGCUCGAUUAUAUAAAAAAGCAAGUCUCGCAGAAAAACGUGUCAUGAAGGCCAAACAAGAUGAAAUUUUGUGUUGGUAUCGAUUCGCAGAAAGCUUUGAAAAAAGAGUCAAGGAGAUCAUGAAUAGUAAUAGCAGGCUUAAUGAUCAACAAGCUAGAACCCGAGUAUAUGAAGAA